AUGUCGAAGCCAACCGCCAACUGGGAAAAGGUCGGCGACAAGUUCUACCGCAAGGUGCAGCUGUACACGGGCGUGUUCGACGCGGACCUCGAGCUCGAGAACUACAAGGUGGUUGGGGCGCCGUACAGCGGCGCAGUAGCAAUCUACCGCGAUGACGCCAAGCUGCACACAUACCGCGGGCCCGGCGCGGGCAGGGCGAGCAUCGACGUGUACAGCUGCGCGGGCAAGCUGAUCCGCAGCAUCAACUGGGACAAGGGCGCCAUCAAGGGCCUCGGCUGGGCAGAGGACGAGAAGCUGCUGGUCGUCACCGAGGACGGCACCGUGCGCUGCUACGGCGACUUGCAGGGCGACUUUGCUCCCUUCACCCUGGGCCAUGACGCGGACCAGCACGGCGUCGUCGCCUGUCGCUUCUACAACACGGGCUUUGUCGCCCUGCUCGCCAACAACCAUCUCGUCUCGGUGGCCUCGUACGCCGAGCCGCGCCCCAAGCUGCUCGCCAUCCCGCCCGCCGACCCCGUCGUCGCGUGGCACAUUGUCCCGCCCGCGUACUCGCUGUCGCGCUCGGUCGAGGUCGUGCUCGCCAUUGGCCGCACGCUGUGGGUCGUCGACGCCUCCGAGGCCGAGGACCGCCACUUCGACGCCGGCCCCUUCCGCCACAUCAGCGUCAGCCCGCGCGCCGAGUUCCUGGCCUUUUACACGGACGAUGCCAAGGUGUGGGUCGUCAGCGGCGACUGGAGCGAGAAGCUCAGCGAGUACGACACCCGCGUCAGGACGGUGCCCAAGGACAUGCAGUGGUGCGGCUCCAACGCCGUCGCCCUGGCCUGGGAGGACGAGGUGCACGUUGUCGGGCCCAACAGCGCCGCCACCAAGUUCUACUACGACACGUGCGUGCAUCUGCUGCCGGACGUGGACGGCAUCCGCUUGCUGACCAACGACGUCUGCGAGUUCCUGCAGAAGGUGCCCGACGAGACGGUCGCCGUGUUCCGUCUGGGCUCCGACUCGCCGGCCGCCAAUCUGCUCGAGGCGGCGUCGUUGCUGGAGCAGAAGAGCCCCCGGGCCGACGACCUCAUCCAGCUGAUCCGCCCCCGCCUGGCCGAGGCCGUCGACGCCUGCAUCCGCGCGGCGGCCCACGAGUACAACAUCCACUGGCAGAAGGCGCUCCUCAAGGCCGCGUCGUACGGCAAGUCGGUGCUCGAUCUCUGCUCGUCGGACGACUUUGUCGAUACGUGUGACACGCUGCGCGUCCUGAAUGCCGUGCGCUUCUACGAGAUUGGCCUGCCCGUCAGCUACGACCAGUACCGCCGCAUGACGCCCGAGAAGCUCAUUGAGCGCCUCACCAACCGCAACGAGUACUUGCUCGCCCUGCGCGUCGCCGACUACCUGCACCUCCCCGCGAGCCACAUCCAUGGCCACUGGGCGCAGCAGAAAGUCCGCGUCUCCACCGACCCAGAGGACGACAUUUGCAGGCUAAUCGUCAAGAAGCUCGCGGGCAAGCCAGGCGUCUCGUUUGAGGACAUUGCCCGCGCCGCCUACGACGAGGGCCGCAUCCACCUCGCAACCUCGCUGCUGGACCACGAGCCGCGCGCGGGGAAACAGGUACCCCUCCUCCUCAGCAUGAAGGAAGACACGAUUGCGCUCGACAAGGCCAUUGAGUCAGGCGACACCGACCUCGUGUUCCACGUGCUGUUGCACCUGCGCAAGAAACUGCCGCUCGCAUCCUUUUUCCGCGUCAUCAACACGCGGCCCGUGGCCACGGCGCUCGUCGAGUCGUCCGCCCGCGACCAGGACACCGACAUGCUCAAAGACCUGUACUACCAGGACGACCGGCGCCUCGACGGCAGCGCCCUGCUGCUCUCGUCGGCACUGUCGCAGCCCGCGCUCCCCGCCGCGCUCGACAAGCUCAAGCUCGCCUCCAAGUACCUGGCCGACUCGCGCGAUCCCCCGGCGGCCUUCCUGCGCUCCGCCCUCGACGACGCCCAGAAACUGCUGCACAUGCAGACGCAGUUUGAGCGGGACCUGCAACAGUCGACCCGCGACAUUCCCAACCGCGACACCACCCCCACCAGCCUCGUCGGCCUCUCCGCCGCCGACACAGUCUUCACCCUCAUCAAGGAAGGCCACACGAAGCGCGCGCAGAAAGUCGUCGCCGAGUUCAAAAUCGCUGAGAAGAGCUACACCUGGAUCCGGCUGCGCGCGCUCGUUGCGUCGAGGCGCUUCAUCGACGUCGAGGACUGGGCCAAGGCGAAGAAGAGCCCCAUUGGCUGGGCGCCGUUCUUCAACGAGGUGCUCGCCGCCGGCAACUCGCGGGUCGCCAGUCUCUUCAUUCCAAAGUGCACCCAUCUCAGCGUCGCCGAGAGGGUCGACAUGUGGCUCAAGUGCGGCUUGCUUGUCAAGGCGGGCGAGGAGGCGCACAAGGCCAGGGACACGGAGUUGCUGCUCAGUCUGAGGGAUAGGGCGAGCGGGAGUGCGGCGGUUGAGAUUGAGCGGCUGAUUGGGGGGUUGACAAAGGGGCGGUAG